ACAGUUUGAGCGUCAAAAGUGUAACUGCUCCCUCAGUACAGCGGUGCCGUGGGGGCGAGGAUUACACGGCCUUGAAUAUGAUUAAUUAAUUAUGUGAGUUCAGGACUGGGGGCGUGGAUUCUCAAAGAAGUCGGCAGAACCUCCAGUCAUGUGAAAUCGAUCACAUGUCAGUCUUCCCCAAACUCGUCACUCUUUCCUCAUUCUCUAUCUUUUUGGCACUCCAAGUGUUUGAUGAAUUGCCUGAGCGGUGGUGAAGUAGCUGUGGUUUGAGCUUAUUAUCUGGAGGGUUAUGGCUUUACCUUUCAUAGCCGAAUCGGCGGCGUCGGCGAUCAUCAAGAAUCUCGUCAGCGCUUGCUCAUCCUACCUCGAGGUGUACCCGGCGGCCGGCGGCAUGCAGGACGAGCUCGAACGGCUGCAGCACGCCCUUCCGCAGGUCCAGGCAGUCUUGACUGCGGUCGAGGAGGGUGCGAUGGUCAUGGCGCAGAACAAGGCGCUGGAUACGUGGCUGUGGCAGCUCAGAGAUGCCGUGGAGUGCGCGGAGGACGUGCUCGACGAGCUGGAGUACUACGAGCUAGAGAAGACAGUACAAGAUCGAGAUGACGAGGUGUGUGGCAUUCUCUCUAAAUAUAGGAGAAAGUUUGACAGUUUCGUUAAUCGUAUCUUUAGCGAUGACACACUAAAGAGGUUGAGGGAGGCCGUCAAGGGGUUGGAUCGGGUCGUUGACGGUAUGGGGCCACUCCUUCAACUUGUUACUGGGUUAUAUGGCCCUGGCGUUAAGCGUCGUAAGAUUGAGGAAGUCCGGAAUGCUCGCGAGACUAGCUCCUUGUUAACCGAAAGUGAGGUGCUCGGACGAGACGAGGAGAGGCACUUGAUAGUCGAAUGGUUGAUCAAACCGAGAGAUACGGACGUCUCUGCUUUUACCAUUGUUGGUAUGGGUGGGUUCGGGAAGACUACCAUUGCUCAACUAGUUUAUAGCGACGACAGAGUGCGAGAGUACUUUGACCCGAUUAUGUGGGUUUGCGUUUCUCAAGACUUUGAUGCAACUGUGAUAACAAGAAAGAUGUUAGAAGGUGCAAGUAGUGAGAGUUUUGGCGACAAGAGUCUAAAUGCGCUCCAUUAUAUCCUUAAACAGAAAAUUUUGUCGAAUCGCUUUUUGCUCAUGCUAGAUGAUGUUUGGAAUGAUGAUAAUGCGAUAGAGUGGGAGAAAUUAGUUGCUCCUUUGAAACUUGGACAAAGAGGAAGCAAGAUCCUUUUGACAACUCGAAUGGGUUCAGUUGCAGAUAUGGUGGCAAAAGUGAUGCAAUGUAAAAAGGAAUCUUUAAAUCUAAAUGUGUUGAAGGAGAGCGAUUGUAUGUCGCUUUUCAAUAAGCACGCUUUUCUUGGUGUGAACUCUGAUGAUUAUAAAAACUUGCAAUUGAUUGGCAAGCAGAUAGCGAAGAAGCUUGGAGGAUGCCCAUUGGCAAUAAAGGUUAUGGGAGGGCUCCUAAACUCCUGCAUGGAUUAUGGCUAUUGGAAAAGAAUCUUGAAAGAAGACAUUGUGGAAUUGCAACAUAGAAAGGACGACAUCAUGACAAUUUUGAGAUUAAGCUACGAUCACUUAUCGACAAACUUACAACUCUGCUUUAGAUAUUGUAGUAUAUUUCCACAAGAUUAUAUGCUUAAGAAGAAAGAGUUGGUCUAUAUGUGGAUGGGUUCAGGUCUGAUUCCGCAGUCUAUAUGUGGAAAGCGGAGGCCAGAAGAUAUCGGAGAGGAAUAUUUAGAUCUUCUGACAAGAAAAUCAUUCUUUACUUGCAAAACCAAUGAUUAUGGGUUUGAAAUUUCUAAAUCUUAUGUUAUGCACGAUCUGCUACAUGACCUAGCACAAUCUGUUUCUCUCGGAGAAUGCAUCAGAAUAGGAGGUGAUAUUGUAGGAAAUACUAUUCCACGGACAGUUCGACAUUUAUCUGUUGAAAACACAAAUCUUCUUUCCAUUAGAGAGAUCUCCAAUCUUAAGAACUUGCGCACUCUUGUCGUAUCUGUUGAAGAGAAUCAUGAGCAUAAUACAGAUCAUUUACUUGUGUUUAGUGAGGUUAUAAAAGGAUUUAAAAACUUACGCUUACUGAGUAUGCACGUGACUUUUGACUUUCAUAAAAUGCCCUAUGCACUUAAUAGCUUGAUACACCUCCGCUACCUAUCUCUUUCAGAAAGAUUGGUAAUAGAUGAAAGUUUCAUGGGCUUCAUUCGUUCAUCUCUUUGUAGGCUUUAUCACCUACAAUUCCUGAAGCUCUUGACUUUUGGAAUAGGCACGUAUAAUAUUGAAUAUGAUGGCUUGACUAACUUGGUCAACUUGCGUUCGUUAGAUGAUCGUCAUGGUAUGAUAAAAAAUAUUCGUUAUAUUAGCAAACUACCCUUCAUCCACAAGUUAAAAAAUUUUGUUGUCCGAGAGGAGAGUGGUUACAAAAUCGGUGAACUAAUGAACCUAAGAGACCUUCGUCAUUUGUGCGUUAGAGAACUUGAAAAUGUGAGGAGUUCUGAAGAGGUUAUGGAGGCCAAGUUGAAUGAGAAAGAAUAUCUCAAAUCAUUGUCAUUGGGAUGGUCCAGAGACCGCUCUAGUUGUGUAGAGACGGAUGAGCAGCUCCUUGAUAACCUCUGCCCGCAUAUCAAUCUCAAGAGAUUGCAUAUUCAAAAUUACAAAGGUGUGAAAUCUCCUUGUUGGAUGACAGAUCUGUCUCUCAUCAACUUGACAUCCAUCGAACUGAUUGAUUGUGAAGGAUGGGAGCACCUCCCACCUCUUGGGGACCUGCCUUUGCUUAACCGUCUUUACCUGUGUAAACUACAUGCAGUAAAGCACAUAUGUUGUUCAUUCUACGGGAGCAGCGGUGUAUGUGCCUUUCCAUCGUUGAAGCAGCUAUUCUUAUUAUACAUGCCUAACUUGGAGGAGUGGAUUGGAGUAGAUGAUGGAUGCAUGUUUCCUCUACUUCAUUCUCUGGAGAUUAUUGGCUGCCCUAAUUUGAGGGGAAUUCCUACUCUGCCUCGCAAUCUAAGACGAAUGAAAAUUUCUGAUGUUGGAUUGACUGCUCUUUCAACAAUAAAUCAAGAUUGCGGAAACAACAAUCAACAAGAACAUUUUAAGGCUCUUGCAACUUUAACCAUCAAACAAUGUGAGAAGCUCGAAUAUCUUCCAACAGAGUUUUUUUGGAAAUUCAACCCCCUAAAAUUCUUGUGUAUAGAAAAGUGCCCAAAGUUGACAAAACGUGGGAUCUCAGACAUCCAACUGCCCUCUAUACUCAGUCAACUCACUAUUGGGUCAUGUGGCGACCUUGAGGUGCCAUUGCUGUGGUCAGCAGAUUUAGCCUCUCUUACCUGUUUGGAUUUACUCGAUUGUGCAAGGAUAGCAUCCCUUCCCCCAGCACAAGUGUGUGCAGGGUGGACAAUGCUUUCCAGUUUAGAGAUAAAGAACUGCAAAGAACUAUCAUCAUUUGGUGGAAUACAAGCUCUUGUGUCUCUUCGUUCUUUAGAAAUUGAAGGGUGUGACAAGCUAAUUGAAGUUUCCCUGCGUCAGCCUCCAUUUCCAAAUAAUGUCAGCCAAAAGAAUGCACUUGACUGCUUUUUGAAGCUUGGUAGACUAUCAAUUGACCACCACGCACUCCUGCUCAUGGAGCCAUUGAGAAGUCUCUCCUCCAUCAGUAGGAUGACUCUCCUUGGUGCUUCGCAACUCACUUCCUUACCUGAGGAAUGGCUGGUGCAAAAUCACAGUGCCCUCUACUUUUUGAGCAUAAAAAAUGCAUGCUCCCUUCAGUCCCUACCCCAGAGCAUGACAAAACUAUGCUUCCUCAUGCGUUUGCUAGUGUAUAAUGCUAAUCUUAUCCAGUCACUUCCAGACCUGCCUGCUUCACUGCGUACUCUAUGCAUCACCGGGUGUCACCCUGUGUUGAAGGAGCGAUGCCAAGAGAAUAUAGGCCUUGAUUGGCCCAAGAUUGCCGACAUCCCUGAUCUGACGAUUUUUUAGCAUUUGCAAAGGUGAUGAUGCAUAUUGACUACUAGCCUUUUUCUUUUCAGACAAUGAAAGAGCAAUCUGGUUUGCUUUUAAUUA